GAUAAACGUUGCGGAUUGUUGUACACCAGACUACCGGAGGACACUAACGAGAAAACAGCUCUCCCCGUCCGGAAAGGUCAAAAUUCCCCGAGGUUCUUUUCCCUUGAGCCUCCAAAAAAGUUGAGAACAGUGCAGCUUCGAGCCCCAACUAGAACAGCAUAGCACUAGCAGAGAUGAGAUAGCUUAUUACCAGUCCUGCUACCGGAAUCCAUGGCGCCAGCAGCGACCCCGUGCUCCCCGCGUCUCCUACUCGCCUCGUCUGCAUCUCGGCCUCCUCUCUUCCGCGUCGCGGCCCGCCCCUUGCUGCCUGGCAGCCGCGGCGGGGGCGUGCGCCUUCGGGUUCGAUGCGGAGCGGCGGACGAGGAGUCCGAGCCUCGGCGGGGGGAGCAGGUGAAGGCUUCCGUGGAGGAGAUGGCGCCCGGCCUCGACCUCGUCACGCUCGCAGCCUGCCUCGUGGGCCUCCUUACAGGCGUCUCCGUUGUCCUCUUCAACCUUUCGGUUCAUGAAAUACGUGAUCUGCUUUGGGAUGGCAUACCGCUGCGAGGCGCUUCAUGGCUGAGGGAAGAACCCACUGCUGAAAUUUGGCAGAGAGUGAUAUUUGUUCCCGUCAGUGGAGGCAUCAUAGUUGGAGGGCUGAAUACGCUAAGAAGUUCUAUCAAGACAAACUCAGAUGGCUAUGUUUCUAAUAUUAAAGGUGUGUUUAGGCCAUUCUUGAAAGUUGUGGCGGCAUCUUUCACUCUUGGAACCGGCAACUCUCUGGGACCUGAGGGACCCAGCGUGGAAAUAGGUUCUGCUAUAGCAAAAGGAUUUGGAAAUGUGUUUGGGUGGGAAGGCGGGAAAAAGCUGUCUCUUGUGGCAGCUGGGUCAGCAGCUGGCAUUGCAUCUGGUUUUAAUGCUGCUGUUGCUGGGUGUUUUUUUGCGGUGGAGUCUGUUUUGUGGCCUUCAUCUGGCGAUUCUUCAUCCCUUUCCAACUCAACACCUAUGGUGAUCCUCAGUGCAGUGAUAGGGUCUGUUGUUUCAGAGAUUGGUCUUGGUUCUGAUCCUGCUUUCACUGUUCCAGAAUAUGAUUUCCGCUCCCCGACAGAACUUCCUCUAUAUCUCUUGCUGGGCGUGUUUUGUGGCGUGGUGUCAAUCACCCUAUCUAGAUGUACAGCACUAACUAUGGACAUGGUUGAACACUUACAAAAGACAACAGGAUUGCCGAUGGCUGUAUCCCCUGCCUUAGGUGGACUUAUUGUUGGUCUUCUCGCUCUUGCCUACCCUGAAGUUCUGUAUUGGGGCUUUGAGAAUGUUGACAUUUUACUGGAAUCACGGCCAUUUACAAGUGGUCUCUCAGCAGCAGUGUUGGUUCAGCUCAUUGGAGUAAAAAUAUUAGCGACGUCUUUGUGCAGGGCUUUUGGAUUGGUUGGAGGUUACUAUGCACCAUCCCUUUUUAUUGGUGCUGCUACAGGCAUGGCAUAUGGCAAGUUCAUGAGGUUUACAUUUACUGGCUCUGAAGCACUGUUUCAUGUCCCCUUCCUAGACGUAGCAUCACCUCAAGCAUAUGGUCUGGUUGGUAUGGCGGCUACACUUGCCGGUGUAUGCAAGGUGCCUCUGACAUCUGUCCUCCUACUGUUUGAACUAACGCAGGACUAUCGUAUAGUUCUGCCUUUGCUUGGUGCUGUUGGACUAUCAUCUUGGAUCGCUUCUUCUCAAAGGUUCUCUACCAGCAGUAAGGGUAAGCCGGGUUCAUUGGAGGAGAAAACAAGCACCAUUGAAGAGGCGCAAAAUGUGCCCACGCAAACCCAACAACUCACUUCUGUGGAUAGUGUUGAUGCCACUGCAGAAUUAUGUAAACUAGAAAGCUCACUUUGUGUAUAUGAUGCCAGAGAUGAUAACGUGCUGGAAAAUCUUACUGUUGCAGAGACUAUGAAAACUAGAUAUAUUUCUGUCUCAUUGAAAACUCCAGUAGUUGAGGCACUAAAUCUUAUGCUUGUGGAGAAGCAACCAUUUGUUAUGAUAACUGAGAGCAAUAAAUCUCCAUUAGGCUUGCUAACAGUCAAAGAUUUCCAGGAUUUCUGCAAAAAUGCAAAAAGCACAAGGAUGCAACCUGAGGUAGAUGAAUGUCUGGUAUCUCAUGUUUGUGGAACCGUUAGAUGUAAAAUAUGGUCCGUGACACCUCAGAUGCCACUUACUGCUGCUGAAAAGAUCAUGGAUUCUCAUGGAGUGGACCAAGUUCCUGUAGUUUCAGAACAUGUUAAUCAUCAGGAUGGAGGAAUCUUGAUUGGUUUUGUAGAUAGAGAAUGCAUCACCAUUGCUCGAAGUGAUGAUUUCCUUGCAUGUUAUGUUCUCUUUCAGAGCUUUGGCAGCAAAAGAAUUUUUCAGUUUCACAUCGGAGAUCAGAAGGGAAGAGAGAUGAUGCGGAUUCACUUAGUAAUUCGCUUGAUAUAUUACAUUUGCUCAUGUCGGCUUAUGUUAUUAAGCUGUUCAAAAGCCAAGAAAUCACAAUUGAGCAGGUUUGUUUGGGGAACUUUCGAAUUCAGAAAGUGAAGUAGCUGGCUGAAGUUUCUUCCAUUUCUAUCAAGGCCGUAUGUGCAUGCGCAGUGCAUAGCUGCAUUAUUGUUGUAAGAGCGCGCUAUGUUCUCAGUUGUUAGAUCGCUGCAACUUGCAUCUAACUUGUGCAUACCACUGUUCUCCCCUGCAAAACAAAAUGGAACAUGUUCAUUUAGGAACUGAGCCAGCGCAUUGGCACUUGAGCGUGUGCCUACUACACAGUAUAAUUCUUCAACUGAGAAUCGAACUAUUCGUCAACAUAGACACUGGAAAGAUGGGCAACGAGAUCAGGCUAUGUCACACCCAUAUUUCUCUUUGCGGUGUUGUGAGUUAGUUGGAAUUAAAUGAACCGAAUUUGCAGAAGGGCGGGUUUGGUUGGGGAAAUCUUCUGAUAAUUAUUGUGAAUCCUUUGCACUCUCAUGUAUCAAGUUGUUUGGUAAAACAACCUUCUCAUAGAGAAACAGUGUCUACUCAUAUCAUUGAGACAAAUGAACCUUUAUUGUUGUACUUU